CCAAAUUAAUCCUCCAAACAACAAAAAACGUAACAAUCCUAUCCCAAAUAAAACUCCCAACAUUAUUAUAAGGAUUUAUCAUGGCGCCCCACGGAGAGCCAGUGCUGCUCACCUCCUAUUCUCGUACCACACCAAAGAACAACAACAACAACAACGUUGGUGUCGGUGUCGGCGGAAAACCUCCGCGUCUCGGAAACGACGUCGUUAACCACAACAACAACAACAACAACCUGCAAAGAACGGUGUCCGACAUCUCCUUCGAGCUGAGCAAGGAGGUGGCGGCAGCGUGCACCGCCGCCGCCGCCGACGCCGCCAAGCUGCCGCCGAUCUCGGAGGUGGAGGACGCCAAAUGCGAGUGCUGCGGCAUGUCGGAGGACUGCACGCCGGAGUACAUAGACCGCGUCCGCGCCAAAUUCGCCGGCCGGUGGAUCUGCGGCCUCUGCUCCGAGGCCGUGAAGGAGGAGGAGGAGAAAAACGGCGGAAAAAGGGAAGAGGCCGUCAACUCCCACAUCAACGCUUGCUCCAAGUUCAACAAGUUCGCUCGGGCUUACCCGGUUCUUUACCAGGCGGAAGCCAUGAGAGAGAUGUUGAAGAAGACGAGAGCAGAUCCCAGAGGUCUCAGGGCCGCCAAAACCUUCAGCGCUAGGGAUAACAAAGGCAAACCAAACAAAGCCGGAAUAGCCAGGAGUUCCAGUUGCAUUCCCGCCAUAACCAGAGACAUGACUGAGCUUAACAUUAAUAAUUAAUCACUAAUUACUAAGAAUGUCCUAAUAUAAUGUAUAUAUUAAUUUAUUUUUAGUUUUGGGGAAUAAGACAAUAUUAUCCUUGAGGGUUCUGGUGUAUACCUAACUUUCAGGUAGUGACAGUGGAUUCUCUCGUCAUAAAAAAGAAUUAAAGAAGCCAUUGCUAUAAUCACCCUUUAGUAUGGGGUUUUUUGGGUUGGUCUUAGCUAAAAACUUAUUUACUCACCCAUUAGGGUUAGUUAUGACAUUUCCAUUAAGGGUA